AUGAAUAAUUUUCCUUUCAUCUUCUCUUUCUCCACCCGCCGUUCUUUCUUAUUUUGUACUUCCUUUGGACGUGAUCGAGCAUUAAUGCAUCUUGUCAGUGAAGUUAAUAAUGAUGAUGGUCACGAGGGUGCUUCACAUGAUACAAAUUCGCGAUUAAUUCCUCGUUUAGAGCGCCGCAAAGUUUCUAUUAAACGGAAUGAUGUACUUAAGGAUGCGCAGCAAAUUCUUACACAAAUGAGCACUAGUAAGGCAAUGCUCGAAGUUGGAUUUGAAGGAGAAGUCGGAACUGGAUUUGGUCCUACACUUGAAUUCUAUUCAACUUUAAGCCGUGCGCUGCAAAAGAGUUCACUUGGCCUUUGGGAUGGUACAGUGCGCACUUGCCCUGAAGAAGAGAAAGAUGGUGAAUUAAUUCAUUUUAAAAAAUUACCCAUUUUAGGUUCUGGUGAUGACGAUUAUAUUUUUGCCGCCAAUGGUCUAUAUCCAAAAAUGUUAACGCGCCCAUUAAGCUCAAAGCAGAAUGAAUUACGUUUGAAACGAUUUGAGUUUAUUGGUCGUCUUCUUGGUCAAGCUCUUAUUGACAGUCGAAUGUUGGAUUUACCACUCUCUCCAGCUUUUUUCAAGUGGUUGAUUGGUGAGGAGGAAUCUCUCGGGACCGAAGACUUUGAGAAACUUGAGCCGACAAUCUUCCGCUCGUUACGUGAUAUAUUGCAGACAGAGGAAGAGAAAGAUUUUGAGAGCUUAGAUGUGUAUUUUAUCUAUCCUGGCGAACCAUCUAUGGAAUUGUGCAAAGGUGGAAAGAAUUUGGCUGUCUCAAAAGACAAUUGCAAACAAUUUUUAGAGGGUGUUCGUUCUGAAAUGGAGGCUGUUCGUCGAGGAUUUCGCUUAGUAAUUAAUAAAGAUUCGUUGCGCAUUUUCUCUUCAGAUGAGAUGGAGUUGCUAUUUUGCGGAAGUGCAGAGAAUGAUGAAAGGAUUUGGACUAACUCUGCACUCCAACAUGCUUUACGUCCGGACCAUGGCUACAAUUAUGAUUCGGCACAAAUUAAGUGGCUAAUUACGAUGUUGUGUUCGUAUAAACAUGAUAAGCGCCGACGUUUCUUGCAAUUUGUCACUGGCUCUCCAAGGUUGCCUAUCGGCGGAUUUCGUGGUUUAAAUCCUCCACUUACUGUUGUUAAAAAGACAGCUACCUGUGUGAAAAAUGAGGAGGAACUGCCAUCUGCAAUGACUUGCUAUAAUUACUUGAAAAUUCCGCCAUAUGAAACUUACGAGACAUUUGUGUCAAGAUUUGACAUCGCUCUUCAACAUGUCUAUAGCUUCUAUCUCACAUAA